AUGAGAGCAAAUUGUUCCAGCGGCUCGGCCUGCCUGGCCAACAGUUCGGCGGAGGAGCUGCCAGAGGGGCUGAAGGCGUACGGGAACCUGGAACUCGUGUUCACAGUGGUGUCCGCCCUGAUGAUCGGCCUACUGAUGUUCUCCUUGGGAUGCUCUGUGGAGGUCCAGAAGCUCUGGGGACACAUCAGGAGACCCUGGGGCAUCGCUGUAGGACUGCUCUGCCAGUUUGGGCUCAUGCCUCUUAUCGCCUACCUCCUGAUCAUCAGCUUCUCUCUGAAGCCCCUCCAAGCUAUGGCUGUCCUCAUCAUGGGGUGUUGCCCAGGGGGAACCGUCUCAAACAUUUUCACCUUCUGGGUGGAUGGAGAUAUGGAUCUCAGCAUCAGUAUGACAACCUGUUCCACAGUGGCUGCCCUGGGAAUGAUGCCACUCUGCCUUUAUCUCUACACCUUGCCCUGGAAUCUCGAACAGAAUCUCACCAUUCCGUAUCAGAACAUAGGAAUCACCCUUGUGUGCCUGAUCAUUCCUGUGGCCUUUGGUAUCUAUGUGAAUUAUAGGUGGCCAAAACAAUCCAAAAUUAUUCUUAAGAUUGGGGCCAUUGCUGGCGGACUCCUCUUUUUGGUCAUCGCAGUGGCUGGUAUGGUGCUGAUGAAAGGAUCUUGGAAUUCAGACAUCAUUCUUCUGAUGAUCAGUUUCAUCUUUCCUUUGAUUGGCCAUGUCAUAGGCUUUCUCCUGGCACUUCUUACCCACCAAUCUUGGCAGAGGUGCAGGACAAUUUCCUUAGAAACUGGAACUCAGAAUGUUCAGAUGUGCUUCACCAUGCUGCAGUUAUCCUUCACUGCCGAGCAACUGGUCCAGAUUCUUAACUUCACAUUGGCCUAUGGACUGUUCCAGGUGCUGGAUGGGUUUCUCAUGGUGGCUGCAUAUAAGAUGUACAAGAGGAGAUUGAAGAACAAACAUGGAAACGAGAAGCCAGGUUGUCAAGCCCGCCAUAGGAAGAAAUCCACUUCUCCCAAAGAGGCCAUUGCUUUCUUGGAGGUGAAUGAAGAAGCCACUCUGAGUCCUGGGCCAUCAGGACCCAAGGAUCUCCACGGGGCUCCCACGCCAACUGAUGACAUCUCACGUGCCAAGUAGGGGCUUGUUGGCUUGACUACUCCUUGCCUUCCUCAGCAGCCAGUAGAGACAGCACAGAGCUGAUGAGUGAAUCUUGUUGGUAGGGCUUAUGGGAAUGUUUGAGUGUGUGAUGUUAACAUAUUUAUGUGUGGACUGUUUUGAGUUGUCAUAGGAUCCCCUUGGAGAAUAUGUUCUGCCUAUUUCUGGUUCUUCCUUUGCGGGUUUACACAUGUUUGCUAGUUGCUAUGUGUGUUCUCGUCUUCCGUACAGUGAAGCGUGAUCCCCAUCGUUACAUGAAGUCGUCAAGCUGUGAAUUUUAAUCUCACAAGAGUUAGGACUCUGGGUAGAGGAGAUGGCACCUCACACUGCAGGGCAAGGACAGUCUGGACCCACUUGAUUUCUUGACUUUGGGCAAGUGCUUUGGGGUAGUGGGGAGAAAGCAUACAACUCUUGUAAAAAUGGGGUCUUUUCUCAAAUGAAGAUUGGUCUUUAAGGGCUUGAAAAUCUUCUUAGAUUUAUAGAUGUAAUACAAGGGAUUACAUUACAUUCCCUAGAGGGAAUCUAAUGAACCCUUGAAGGUAAUAUUUUUACUCCCUCGAGACAGGCACAUUUAUUCUUCUCAUGUGUAGAUUUGAGUUAUAUAAUUUAAAAAGUGCAUUCCAUGUAUACUGUUUCAUAAAUCACUAAAUGAUUAAUCACUGACUCAAUGGACACGAGUUUGAGCAAACCCCAGGAGAUGGUGAUGGACAGGGGAGCCUGGGGUGCUGCAGCCUGUGGGAUUGCAAAGAGUUGGACAUGACUUCGCGACUGAACAACAAAGACCAACAAUAUAUUACAGAGCAUCUUUACAUGUCAGUCUGUGUUGACCUACCUCAUUCUUCAGAACAGUGGCUUCAUAAAAGUAUUCCAGUGUAUGGAAGGACUGUAAUUCAUUUCACCAUUUCUUACUCAAGGACAUUUAGAUAGCUUUCAACUUCUUGGUAUUACAGUGCUGUUACAAACACCUGUGCCUCCGUGCCAGUGUUUCUGUAGGAUCCUUCUCUAGACUUGAAUUGCCAGGCUGAUUGCACAUUAAAAUGCUGGGCAGAGAGCUCUCUGGAACGUUGUACAGCAGAGCCUGAGAGUGUCUGACUUCCCACAGCCACAUUCAUCUUAAGAGUGAUCGUUCUGCUUUGUGAAAAUAUCUCAUUUAAAAUUGCAUUGUUAAAAUUGAGUGAAGCAGAGUAUUUUUCAUGAGUGCGUGUUCAUGUCCUUUGCCCGCUUUUCUAUUGUAUUUUUUCCUUUUUGAUUGAUAAAUUUUAACACAUGCUGGACAGUGACUCUUUGCUCUAUGUUUUGUCAAUAUUUUACCUCUCUUGUCUCUUAGUUUUGUAUAAUGUCUUUUGCUGUAUGGAAGUUUCACAUGUUCAACUUUAUUAGUCUUUCAAAAUUGUUUUUUGACCUUAAUAUCUAUCAAAUGUUAGAAUAUUUAUAUCUUUGUGUGGAUCAUGAAUUGUAAAAGGACCCCUUUUUCGUGAAUGUAUGUGGACCCUUUUCAGGGAGUUCUUUUUGGGGUCAACAUAUUUACUAGCUGCCGUGUAUACUGUCUGGCAGUAGAUAAAACCCAUCCUUCUCCUCUAACAUUAUCAAAAUAUUUCCUAUAUUUUCUAUUACUUUUAUCGACUAAAUAUGUACAUAUUUAUUCUAUUUUGAAUUUAUUUUUUCUAUGCUCUGUUAAAAAUCUAAUUAAUUGUCCUAACAUCAUAUACUGUAUCAGUCAUCUUUCUCUACUGAUAUGAAAUACGACUUGUAUCAUGUAACUUUCUAUUACUGUGUUUUAUUGGGCUCUGUUUGGUUCCAUUUUUAAAUUAUUUGUAAAUUGUGAAAUGUGUAAAAGCAUAUUGUCUGAGAUUUAGUGCUUUACAUUUUAUUUUGUAACUAUACCCAGGGACUUAUAGGUUAUAUAUAUAAUGUCAAUGGUUAUUAUGGUAUUUUCCCAAUUAAGGACAUCUUCAUGGUAGUACAGAGACAUAUUAGGUAUCACAAGUAUAUUUAUAUGGAAAGGAAGUACACACAUGUGUGACAUGAUUGUUAAUUCUCAACUGCUGCAGUUAAUAUAGUAGAAUUGGAUGUUCAGAGAUCCUCAGUUCCAAAAUGAGCAUUACCAUGAGUUUGAAAGGA